AUGUCCCAGCUUCCAACAAGGGCGGCUCCUUUCCAGCUUGGAAACACGGGCCCCCAAGCAGCAAACAUGGCAGCGAAAGACCUGCCCGACUAUUGCAAUGAGAAAGUCUUCCGCCGCAACACGCUUCCUCCACGGUCUCAUAACCUUGACACGGCAAGACUCUCACUCAACGGCCAGUGGAACUUCCAUUACGCUUCGAAUCCUUCGAAAAGUCCCGAUCCGACCGCCAAUACCUCGCAUGCUGCGUCCGAGGGCUGGACUACCAUUCAGGUUCCUGGUCACUGGCAGCUUCAGGGCCAUGGCCGGCCUCAUUACACGAACGUUCAGUACCCGUUUCCCGUCUGCCCCCCCAUGGUGCCCUCGGAAAAUCCAACCGGCACAUAUAGCAGGUCAUUCUUUCUUCCGGAAAGUUUUCACGACUAUCAAGUGCGUCUGAGGUUUGAUGGCGUUGACAGUGCGUAUCAUGUCUGGGUGAACAAAAAGGAAGUGGGCUAUGCGCAAGGGUCCCGGAACCCUGCCGAGUGGGAUAUAACCAAGCUGCUGGACACGGAGGGUCCCAACGAAGUGAUCGUCAAAGUUUACCAGUGGUCUGACGGGUCAUACAUUGAAGAUCAGGAUCAGUGGUGGCUCUCUGGUAAGCAGUUCCUUCGGACCGACCUAGAUGCUGAGUACAGGGACGCUAUUCUGCACGCCACAAUCGACGUUUUUACGACAGUUGACCUAGCCGACUUGGCAGUCAUUGUUAGAACUCUACCAGGAGAGGACACGAUCGCUGUAGUGAAUCAGGAGGUUCGAUCAACCGGAUCGAUCGAGCUAAGCAUACCCAUCACCAAUCCGAAGAAGUGGACCGCCGAAACCCCCAAUCUCUACUUGGUCGAGAUACAGUUCAACAGGCUGGGGGGUGUCCCUAUCACCUUUUCAGCUGUGGUCCGUCAGAAAAUCGGAUUUCGCAAGGUUGAGCUUAAGAACGGGUUGAUAUCCGUUAAUGGCCAGCCGAUACAGUUUCGUGGCGUGAAUAGACACGACCAUCACCCCGUUUUCGGAAGAGCAGUUCCGGUAGACUUCAUACGAAAGGAUUUGCUUCUCAUGAAGAGGCACAAUAUCAAUGCUUUGCGAUGCAGCCAUUACCCCAGCCACCCAAAACUGUUCGACAUUGCGGAUGAGCUUGGUUUGUGGGUGAUCGAUGAGGCGGAUCUCGAAUGUCAUGGAUUCUAUGACGCGGUCGCUCGCCCACAGGAUAUCCCUGAGGAAAUGGACUAUGAAGAACGUAAAAAGCUGGCGUUUGGAAAGGCCGCCGAAUACACGAGCAACAAUCCAAGUUGGAAGGCCGCCUACCUGGAUCGCAUGGAGCAAAUGAUACACCGGGACAAGAACCACCCAUCUAUCAUCAUUUGGUCACUUGGAAAUGAGGCAUUCUAUGGUCAGAAUCACAAAGCAAUGUACACCCUUGCCACACACCUGGAUCCCGGGCGGCUGGUGCACUAUGAGGGUGAUGCCCAGGCUGAGUCUGCAGACAUGUACUCGUUCAUGUACCCAACUGUCGACAAGCUCAUAGAGCUGGCCAACACACGAGGCGUCAAACCGGACGGUACCUACCAGAAGCCUGUGAUUUUGUGCGAGUAUGCCCACGCAAUGGGAAACGGCCCGGGCGGGCUCGAAGAUUAUCAGCAUGCGUUUCGAACUCACCCUCGCCUGCAAGGCGGUUUUAUCUGGGAGUGGGCUAAUCACGGGCUUUUCAAGCGGGACAGCGAUGGCAAGCAGUACUACGCUUACGGCGGUGACUUUGGAGAUACACCCAAUGACGGCACUUUCGUGAUGGACGGUCUGGUCAACAGCGCUCAUCAGCCAACGCCGGGCCUGGUGGAACUCAAAAAAGUGUUCCAACCUGUUGCUGUUACUGUUGAAGGAGAUGAGCUGGUCAUUUCGAAUCUAUAUGACUUUUCCGAUCUCAACCAUUUGUCAGCCACCUACAAGGCCGAAAGGUUAGAAAUCAGUGUCGUGGCCUCCGGGAUUUUGAACCUCCCGCAUAUACCAGCCGGUGAAACGGUGCGAGUCGCGAUCCCUGAGGAUGUACAUGUCUGGCGCAAGAGGAAGGAUAGCCACCAGCCCCACGUAUACCUCACGAUAUCGUUUGCUUUGAGGAUGCCUACUACGUGGGCAGCCCUCGGCCACGAGGUUGCAUGGUUUCAGCAUCACCUCUUCAACGGGCACUCUAUGGGCCCUCACGCCGAAGACGGAGGCUGGCUCUCUUUUGAAACCACUCGGACCGAGGCUGUUAUCACCGGCCACGGCUUCACCUGUGUGUUUGACAAAACCUCCGGGUACAUUACAAGUUGGACACAUGCAGGUCAGAAGCUUCUGCAGCCUGAUCCAACAACUGGCGCGGCCAUUAUGCCGUCGUUUUGGCGUCCGCCUACCGACAAUGAUCAAGCCUUAUCUGUGCCAUACUGGAAGCGUUUCGGUGUCGACACCAUGACCAGUCAGCUCCGGUCGGUCAGUGUGGCUGGGGGAGAUUAUUACUGCGUGGGAGAGAACGGCAAGAAGAUCUUCAGGAAGGUUAUAGUUACGUCUACAGUGUUCCUGGCUCCUCCGGUUCUCGACUGGGGCUACCAUGCAACAAUUACCUACACCAUAGAAAUGUCGGGAAAUCUCAGCAUCGCCGUUACUCUGAAAGCCACAGGUUACGCUCCUGAGCACGUGCCCCGCAUCGGGCUCAACCUGUGUCUCCCCAGGCAACUGGACAAGGUCAAAUGGCACGGCCUCGGGCCGGGCGAGUCAUAUCCCGACAAAAGAUCGGCCCAGCGGGUGGGAAUCUGGACGGCAGAGUCUGUUUCAGAGCUACACACACCCUAUGACGUCCCACAAGAGAACGGCAACAGGAUGGGCACGCGGUGGGUUACCAUUGUGAACCCUUAUAGCGGCGGAUCGGGGCUGUUUGCGGAGCCCGGUAUAUAUGGAUACGGCAACAGAGACAGUGGUCUGGACGUGCCAUGUAAUUUUGCUGUGUCGCGGUACUCGACAAAGACGAUCCAGGACGCAAAGCAUCCGUGCGACUUGGUGGAGGAGAAUGCCACGCUUCUUAGGCUAGAUCACAAGGUCGCCGGGGUAGGCACGGCCGCCUGCGGUCCGGGGGUGAGGGAAGAUUUGUUGGUCAAGGUGGACAGGGAAAAGGAGGUCAAGUUUGCGUUCAACCUCGGGCCAUGGAGCGAAGUGGAUGCGUGA